CGCGAUUUAAAAGAAGGUCCGUGCCUGGACGACAUCGCACGAUGAACCUCACGACACGGAUGACAUGCGAACUCAAUAACAGUCUGAAACUAUGCGACUGAGAGUUUCUGUUGCGCUGAUUGCGCUCGGCCUGGCAGCUCCAGCUGCGGGGGAGCUUGACCUCCCAGCAUUUCCCACGGAUAUCAACGUCGGAGUCGUCUUCCCGCGAAAUGAGACGUAUAAUCUGGACCUAGCUACUAUACCCGCCGUCUUCGCGAUCCAGGGUGCCUACGCCGCGUUCCGAUUUGGCCACACUAUCCGCUGGGAAUUCAGUGGCAUCAACAAGACGGGUGGGACGCAGAGCCUAUACGAGGCUGGGUACAUGUUGAGAUUGGAGCCGACCGAGCCUCCAGUCCUUCCACCGGACGCAAUUGGAGAUAACUGGAUUGUCGGGAAUACGAGCUACAUAAAUUCGACGAGCAAGCGGAAGCCUGGGCAUUAUCGGCUUACUUGGGAGCUGAUCAUGUCACGCUGCACGGCUCCCGGGCCCAAGGCGAUCACCAUCCACUCUGGCGCUGUGGCGGAGGGGUCGAUCGACUUCACGAUCACGGACGAGGGCCCCGAGACGGAGAUCGAUUUGACGUCGGCGUGUCCGGUUUACUCAGACGGCGUGACAAUUACAAGCUCCAACCUAGGCUGCCCCUUCAUGUCGAAAAAAGAUGGGAAAGACCUAGACCUCUGCGAGUUGAAGCCAGAUAAGACCUUGGCGGACUGCGUGAUGACCAAUAUUACGCAGCGCGAGGACAGGUCAGCGUGCGAGGCGUUGUUGGAGAGGGUGAGGGGGGAGGCUGGCUCGCGACCGUCUGGAGUCUCGGGAGAUGCUGCCAGUGUGUUUCUGCAGCACGGAUUGACUGCUGCGACCGUGGGUGCUGUGGUAGUGGGCUUCAUGCUGCUUUAGAAAUAUCUGGAAAUGAGGUCUGGUAGGCGGAUGGGCUGGCUGUGAACACAAGAAGCACUUGGUGGUCUGUCAUUUGUACAAAUUUUUGAUCUGAGAUAUGUCGAGCGCCAUCUGGAAUCUUGUUGAUAUCAAGUAGCCGUAUGCGGUAGACUCAGAAAGAGGACACUAAGUAAAUAUCAUAACGUAGGUAGCAAUUGAGGAAAGAGUUUGAGAAC